GCAAUCGUGCGUGCGCCCGCGUCGUCGUAAGUGCCGCCCCGUCAGAGCAGAGCAGACCAAGAGGGGGGAGGGACCACACACUCACCCGUCGCUCACUGCCUAAGGAGACGCCACACCCAGCCAUGGACUUCACGGCGCCCAAUGAGUCCGACGUGGACAUGAUGCACGACGACUCGAUGCUCAACGCCAACCUGGCGGCGCAGUACGGCCACCCGCAGCAGCAGCAGCGACCGCUGCCCCCGCACCCGGGCAUCCCGGGCCUGAGCGCCGACCCGCAGAACGUGUUCCCGGGCGUGUACGUGCCCGGGCUGAACCCCAUGGACCAGCCGCAGCAGGCCGACGCCAUGGAGGAGUACGCGCGCCUCAUGGGCAUCAAGGUGGAGAACGACGACCCGAACGUGAACGCCAACGCCUUCGGCGUGCCCGGCCCCAACAACGACAUGACCAAGAUCCAGGCCAACGCCGCGUACUUCGAGAACCUCAUCAGCCGCGACCGCAACGACGCCAUGGACGACGGCAACAACGUGACGUCCAUGACGCUGCCCGCCGGUCUCGGCAGCGGCAUGAACGGGUUCCUCGGAGCCCCCAUGGCGCCCGCGCCGCCCAUGUACAACCCCAACACGGAGCUGGCCUUCCAGGACGGCGGCUCGCGACUGUACGACCCGUCGUCCGGCUUCCCCGGCCAGAACGCACCCAUGCCCUUCCACAAGGCGCCCCAGGUGCGGCCGGGCAUGCUGCCGCCCGACAUGGUGGGCUCGCAGACGCUGCCGCCCGAGAUCAUCUCGGCCAUGAUCAAGAACAACCCGGCGCACAACUUUGAGAACCUGAGCGAGGACGAGAAGCAGGCGCUGAUCAAGGAGGAGAAGUCCCGCGAGCGCAACCGCGACCACUCGCGCAAGUCGCGUCUGCGCAAGAAAGAGUUCGUCGAGUCGCUCAAGCACGAGGUCGGACAGCUGCAGGUGUACCAGCAGAUCUGCGAGCAGUGCAUGGACUGCAUCGCGCUCGUGGCGGCCGAGGCCUCGGCGGUGUUCCUUUUCUCGAGCGCCGCGUACACGCGCGUGCUGGGCUACCAGAACCACCAGAUCGUGCCUGGUCAGACGAGCUUCCUGGACAUGGUACACCCGGACAACGUGCAAGAGGUCCGCGGGGUGUUCACGAAGCUCAACACGCUGGGCGAGACCCAUAGAUUUAAAUUCCGAAUAAAGUCAACGGAGGGCGAGUACUACAACGCGGAGACGACGGCUCGCCUGGCGGAGAAGGGCGUCGUGUGCUCGACGCGCGUGGACCGCGACAUUUAA